AUGCCAAACACAACCCCUGAUAUUACUUAUUUCCUGAAUAUGGCAGGAUUUGUGAGUUUUAUGAAGCCAAUAAGCAGCAUCAAUGACAAAAACUUUAUAUUUCCUUCCUACCCACUUACAACGCUAAAUGAGAAGAAUGACAAAGACUCCUUUUGUGAUGCGAACUCAGAGUGCACGGAUGCAGUGGGUUGUAAAUGUACUACAGUCAUGGAUAUUGGUGAUAACGUGACAGUCAGACUUGUCAUCAGUACAGUUGGUGAGGAAAGAAACUCCACCCACCCCAUGCACAUUCACGGCCACUCUGUGCAUGUCAUGAAAGUUGGAUACGGACAAUACAGCAGUGAGAAUGGUUCUUUGCUUGGCAGCUCUCGAGACCUGACUUGUAGAGAUGAUGGAAAUGACCGUGAUAUUCUCGACAAGAUGCGUUGCCCUAAGCCUCGUUUUAGAUCUUCCAACACCACAUUUCCUCUUGACCCAUUCACCGUACGAAAAGACACAUUCGUUUUGCCAGCCGGUGGCUAUGUGGUGGUUCAGUUCCGUUCCAAUAACCCAGGGUACUGA